UCUCUGAAAGUGAGCGUGAGGCUUAGGCGCAAGAUAUAAGGUUGAUGAAGGAGGCUUUCGUGGAGCUCAAGGAGAAUGUGCAGACCUUGGUGCACAAUGGAAUGAAGGAGCACAUCAGCAACUUCAUCAGCUCCAGCUCGUUUGACAACAUCGUCAACUUGUACCGGCUGCCCACUGCCAUCAUUACAUUCACAGGUUGCAGGAAGAAGGUGAAGGCAGAAUAUCCCGAAGUGGAUAUUACGAAGAUCACCUUCGCAGAGCAAGAAGAAGGAGUGGAGGAAGAUGGUGAGAGCAUGUCAGCAGACUUCCGUCCUCAGAUCAAACUGAGGUGGGAGCAUGAUGCAAACGGACGUGCUGUUUUCCCUCCACAGUUCGACUUCGAAUUCGUUGCAAUGGAGGAAGAAUGGGCAGAGGUAGAGGAAGACAAGGUGGAGGCAGGAGUGGAGGGAGCUGAAGUGGAUGAGAGCCAACCAGUUCCAAAAGUGGAGAUUCAUCCAGUUCCUUUCGAUGAUGAGCAGCCUCCUCUGCCAAACGAGCAGCAGCCAACACAGCCACCUCAUCCAGCUAAGUAAGAGCCAGUGGAGCCACCUCUCCCAGCAGAAUAAUUUUGUUUUUUAAUUUUUUGUAAAAAAACAUUUAAACAAUUUGUAAUACUGUUAUUAUUCUGAAUGAAAAUUCAUUUUUGAA